AUGCUAAACGUGCGAAUAAUCAAGGGUGGUUGCCGUGGACGGGAGGUAGAGAAAUUUGGAUUGGUAGGUUUCAAAGCUAAUGUUUUCCUCCAUGAAGAAAUCAGCAUACACUUGUCUGGACGGACAACUUCAAGAUUAAAACAAUGAGAAAUCUCGGGUUAAAGACAUUUUCUACCAACAGCAAACACUAGUCAUUCAUCAGGAAACUGAGCAUGAAAUCGUUGACCAUCCCUAGGAAUUGCCUAUAAUCUUUAUUGCCCGGUCUCUUAAAAAUAGAUGUAGUGCUUGAACAGCAGAAAAAAAUAUUUCAGUUUUAAUGAAACUAUUAUACAUUGACGUUUUCCGAGCUUCAAAGUUUUGAAUAGCUUGAGACAAUCCACUCAACUAUGAGUAAAACUUAAGCUUAAGUCUAAAGUUCGAGUUCAAAGUCAGUCGAGUAAGUUUCCCGGAUCAUUGUAUUUUUUUGUACUUGGAGACAAUGAAGACAAUUGGAGACAAUGACAUAUAGGGAAGGAUUUAUUUUUAAGUCUAUAUUACUCAUUGAUAUACCCUUAUCUUAUUUAUGGUAAUAUUGUCUGGGGUAAUAAUUACAAGCCAAGACUUGAUAGUCUAAUCAAAAUUCAAAAGAAAGUAGUACUUGUGAUAACUUUUUCCUCGUACACUGAGUCAUCAAAGACGCUCUUUCCAAAAAUUGGAGAUCCUUAAUGUUUAUCAAUUAAAUAAUCAGCAAACUAUCCUUUUUAUGGUUGACCUAUUUAAUAAUAAGUUGCCGUAUUAUUUUAGGGAUAUUUACAUUUUGAAAAGUCAACUUCAUUCGUAUGCUACACGGCGAAGCAAUAAUAUACAUAAGCAGUUUUACAGAACAAACUACGGCUAUUAUUCAAUACAGAGUGUAAAGAGAAUUUUUGGAAUUCUAUACCAGAAGAUUUGAAGAACAAAAAAAUCACAAUAUAGUAUAAAAAAGAAACUAAAAAAGUAUUUUUUGUCACAACAGUGUUUAGAAAAUGCUUAGUGGUAGGCAAGUUUUUAAAUUAACAAUUAAGGAAUGAGGCUGAGUAUCUUAUGAAGAAUUAUGGAGAUCGAGGAGGGUGGCCGAUGCGGAUAAUACCCUCCGAGAUCUCCAUAAUUCUUCAUAUGAUACGAAAGCCGAAUUCAAUAAUUGUUUUAUUAUUCAUUUAAAAUAAUUCCUAGUUUAAAAGCGAAGCUAAAACAUGCUUACCUCCAUCGAUGUUAGUUCAUCUUCGAUAGUGCACGUUUAGAGUUGUUCUGCUCUGCAAAUAUUCUCCAAAUAGCAGAUGUCGCCCUUCAAGUUGUGUUUUUGCUGUUCUUGCCAUGUUUUUAGCUAUAAUUUCGCCCAGUUCUUACUCUUGAAACGAGUGAAAUGUCCGCCAUUUUUGUUUUCACAACUAAAACAACUCAACCUCGUCCCCAGGUCUCCUCGGUUAACGGUGCAUUAACCCGCAAGAAGGCUGCACUUUUGACGUCAUCGGUUCAUUUAACGCAAAAUUCUUCCAAAUUUGGUCAUCAGUAUCUGGUCAUGGUGAAUUAUGCGUGUGUUUUUAGCCAAUCAGAAUCGGGGGAAUAUUUUGAAUGAAUAAUAAUUAAUUGAAAUUAAUUUAUAGUUAGAUUUAUGCAUUAGUUAGAUUAUGCUGCAUAUGGCGUCCAGACCUAAUUAAAAGAUAAUUUAGUAUAACAAUAAUAAUAAACAAUAGGUGAAUCUUGUAAAAACCCGUAAGGGUUUCCUAAAUUCUCCAUAUUGAUGAAAUUAUAUCUGUUCAAUAUAAUAAAGUUAAUGUUAUUGUGGUAAAAUGAAUAUUAUAUGCUCAAGCUUAAUUCUUUAUGCUUGUUUGUUCUUCCUUUGAAUUUGUUUGUUUUUGCAGUUAUGGCGAGCAUGUUCAACGCUUGUAGCAAGGAGUAGAGCAAGCUCUACUGCUGGUACUCAAGUAAAGACUUGUUCAGCCAAAUCCAAGCAGGAUUUUCCCGAUGACUUGGAUCAAAGAGAAAGACCAGAUGAGUUAAAGAGCCCAGUGUGUUCAUAUAAUGAAUGGGAUCCUCUCGAGGAAGUCAUUGUUGGACGCGUUGAAGGUGCAGUAAAAUACAUU